UAAUAAUGACGAUUUUUGAAUUUAAUAUCAUUGAUUACACUUCAAAAAAAAAAAAUCAAGUUUUGAGUAGUGCCUUUUAAAAUUUGAUUAACGGGCCGGGCUUCCCAAAUUUACACCAAAUUACCCAUGAAUUUAAUAUGUCUCUUUGGUCUUGUCUUUAUAAUUCUGUUUUUCCUUUUCUGUUUGACAUCCCAAAUCUUUUUAGGUGCUAUUAUUACCCAAAUUUAUAGUCAAAGAAUGUCCCAAAGUAUUAAAUCAUUUCCCACUUCCAGUUUUUUAAAUUAAAAAACACUAUCACCUAGUAUAAAAUAGAGCCUAAUUAGAAUUUGUUCAUAACAUUGUGCAUAUGGAUCCAACUUUGUUUUUGGUCACUUCAACUUUGGUAAUUGUCACCUUAAUCUUGUUUAUAACCAAAAAAUGCUCAAACUUAUUAAGCCUUCCUCCCGGAAAAUAUGGGUGGCCAAUAUAUGGAGAAACCCACGAGUAUAUUUCACGCCCUGAAAAAUUCAUGCGUGAGAGAAUGACCAAAUACUCGUCAAAAAUUUUUAAGACCUCAGUACUUGGGGAAAAAGUAGCCAUUCUAUGCGGCCCUUCCGGUCACAAAUUCCUCUUCUCCAACGACGGAAAAUUGUUCGAGUUUUGGAUGCCACCCUCCUUGGCCUUAGCUCUUUCUGUAAGAGAUAUUGACAACAAUUCAUGGUCGUCGAAAUUAGUACAAGAACAACUUCACAAGUUCCUUAAACUCGAGUCCAUGCAACAUCUUGUAGCCAUCAUGGAUUCUAAGGCGGCUCACCUUUUCGACACAUUUUGGGCGCCUUAUGAACAAGUCAAGGUUCAACCCUUAGCCAAAGAUUUCACUUUCACACUAACUUGUUGCUUGUUUAUCAAUUAUAGCAGUCAAGAACAAGUGAAGGAAGUUGCGAAACCAUUUUUCGAGCUGCACGAAGACACGAUGUCAAAGUCAGUCAGUUUGCCAUUCUACUCAGCUAAGAAGAGGCAGGAAGCUGUCAAGAACAAGAUCAUAAGUAUUAUUAAAGAGAGGCAAAUUGAGGUAAAAAACAGAGAAAAAGAAGAUGAUGAUGGUUUAUUUCAUGAUCUAUUGACUCGAGUUCUUAAGGCUUCCCAUGAAAGUGGGAUGAUUAUCGAUCACAAGGUGAUUGCUGGGAAGAUUAACAGUCUCUUAUUUGCUAGCUUCUAUACUAUAAGCACUGCUGUCACGUUUAUAGUAUACUACCUUGCGGAUCAUCCUCAUGUCUACGACAAGGUCUUACAAGAGCAUUUGGAGAUUGCUAGAUCAAAAAAGGCAGGGGAGCUAUUGAAUUGGAAAGAUAUUCAGAAAAUGAAGUACUCAUGGAAUGUGGCAUGUGAAACUAUGAGGCUACGACCACCUGCCUUGGGAAGUUUUAGGGAAGUCCUCGCGGAUUUCACUUACGCUGGCUUUAGAGUCCCAAAGGGUUGGAAGGUUGCUUGGAAUGCUUAUUCGUCACACAAGGAUCCCGAGUAUUUUCCAAAUCCGGAAGAGUUCGAGCCUUCAAGAUUCGAAGGGAACAAUAAUCCUAUACCACCCUAUGCAUUUGUACCCUUCGGAGGAGGGCCUUUGAUGUGUGGCGGAAAAGAGUACGCAAGAAUUGAGAUACUUGUUUUUCUGCACAGCUUAGUUACUCGUUUCAAAUUCUGGAAAGUAAAUCCUUUGGAAGAAAUCAUUUACACCCCAAUUGCAACUCCUGUUGAAGGUCUCCCAAUUCGUCUAGAAAAAAUUAAGUAAUCACUACUUAAUUAUGUAAACUAGUAUUAUCAUACUAAUUAUAAUCAUGCAUGUCAUAAUAUUGUUUAAUAUUUCAUGUUUCUUAGCUUAACUUGGUAUGAACAAGCUACGAAGUACAAAAGUAUAUACUUAUAUAAUUACAUGUAUAUAUGCUAUCACUUAAUUAAGCAUAAAACCAAUAAUGUAUUAUGUAUGAUCCAGUGUACUUUACCUCCGCCUCAAAAAGUUUUUUUGGGUUUCGAUUUUGCAUGUUUGCAAAUGAAACUUUUACUAAUAAUAUUUUUAGUUAUAUA